CGAGACACUGCUCAUCUACGCGCCAUUGCCUAGAUUGUCGCGACCAAUGCGUGUCGACCCCUCGCUCGACGAUAUACCCGCGUACGCCGGGCCUUCGCUCGAUGACAUUUUACCGAUCGUCGAUCCCUCCCGCGUCCGCAUGAACCGCAAGUCGCUCGUUGUCUCGGCGCUCUUUGGCCUCAACCUGCUCCUCAUGCCGUUCAAGCCGUACCUGAGCGAGGCCACUCCGUUUCGGGGGGCGACCCACCGGCUCCUCACGGUCGAAGCCGCCGAGACCAUCAACCAAACCGAGCACAUGGAGUACUUUCGCACUCGCUUCUCGGUAUCCACUCUACCGCUCGGGGCUACAUACGUCUACGACGCUGCGACGGGCACCGACGUGGCGCGACAUGCCUUUCCGCUCAACCGCUCCGUCCAGGCGGACUGCGCGCACGCAAUUAUCACCAGCGUAGCGGGCGCUUUGUAUUUCCCGUUGGCGCAUGUGACCGACAUCUCUCAUGUGCUCUGUGGCUUUAACGCAACCGCCUCCACGGCGUAUGCCAAGGUGUGGAAGCACACGAUGCUGUCGACACCUCACGCCUUGUCGGUGCUCUGGACCGUACCCGGCAACGACCUUCUUCCACCACCCAAGAAGAGUGACCAAGUCGAUAGCUUUACUAUCUACUCGCUGUACGCGUCGAGCGACUACACGACGAGCUGGCGUCUCCUCAAGCUCUUUUGCCGCCUCUUUCUGAGCGUCUACAUUGGCUAUGUGUGCUACGCCGAGUACUAUACGCACGUCGUCCACCUCCGCAAGGCGCUCAUGUCGUACGUCAUGAGCGAGCGCAAGAACGUCGUGCGCUACGAAAUUCUCGUGGGCGAUGCAACCUGCAUCGUGCUCUCGCACCCGAAAAUUUGCUUUUUGUUUGUGCUCGAUUUUUGGAUGAGUCCCGAAUUAUCGGGCCAAGCCGCCAUGCGCGUCGAGCAGUUUGAAAGUGCCUACUACUUUGCUCUCGGAUCCAUGUACUUUAGUCGCAGCGUCUGGCUCUCGUACAGCACGCUCGUGCUCUUGAACCCGCUCUUGCGACGGGCCCGGAAAAGCCAUUGGCUCAAACCUGCCAACCCGACCUUAUUGGCGAUCGCUGCGUACGCCUACAGCGGCUUCUUCACGCACCUCCAGCUCGCGUGGUACCCAAUGCUCUCUGUGUACAUUGCGCUCUUUUCUAUGAUGAUUACGCCGGCGCCGCCCGGCGACGAGUUCGUCGAGGCGAUUGCAGCCUUUCUUGGGUUUUCGCUUUCGCUGUGUACGCUGCCCGUGCUGCUCGGUGUGCCUGGCAUCGCGGCGCGCGCGGCCAAGCGCGCGGUGCGCAAUGUGCGACAAGUGUCGAAUGGCCGCGACGCGACGCGCUGGUACCGCUUCCACGCCCACGAUGGCGCAGACAUGAACGAGGGUGCGUUUGCCUACAACGAUUUCAAACACAAGAGUCUCCUCUGGUUCUAUCGCCUCGGCUCCAACAUCCAAGAUGUGAUGCACGGCGGCUCCAUGUAUCGGCUGUUUGAAGCCUACCCCGAGUAUCGACGCCAUGGCACGAUGGACCAGCGCGGUGGCGACUGCUACGUCUUGGGCUACACCCGCACCAACAAGCUUGUCGAAGUCACACGCGUGAGCCUCGUAUCCCAAAUGGAUGCCCCGCUCUAUGUGCGCAAGACAGCCAAGCACCAUGAUGGCGGCAGGAAGCGGUCGCUCUCCAAGACACCUCGGAACUUUCGAUAUGCCGUCGGCACACUCGUCGUGCACCGAACGGGGGCACCUGGUGCGAUGGUGUCGGUCACAAAAGGCGCCAAAGACUCACCGUGGGUGGCGUGAGAUUGACAAAAUACGAGUAACUAUCUCAUGAUUGCUCGUGAGAAAUGAGAGUCUAGUAAAAUGCAAGAAAUUAAUGGACUAACUAAAAGGACUCAAUUCAACAACAAGAAUCGUCGAGUAGAAUAGC